AUGGCUUUGCUGCCUCCGCCGAACGAAUUUGACGCAGAAAAGGAGGCGUCACGCUUCGGCUGGCUUUUAUAUGGCACUGAAAGAGACAUGUAUCAAAUACACGGUGGGUGUGGAUUUUCCAAAAAGCUGCUUCAUAUCCUCAGUCAGGUCACCUACUGCGCAGCUCGCCUGCAGCAGGAAGCGGAAAGCCCCAUCGUGCCCAUGACUGCGCAGUAUGUCUACGCAGAACUUGAUAGAAUGAGACAGUGGAGCCCCGAAUCCAAAGACUGGGAAUCAGCUAAAGCUUCCCCUCUGGUCAUUGAAUGGGUCCGCAUGCAGCCCCCAGAUUAUGUCAUUGUUGACAAUCCCACAAUGACAGACGUGACUGCAGAGGCAUGGCGAAUUACCGCCAUCCUCUAUCUCCUGUGUCGAGUGUUCAGGCUACCUCGGAACCAUCCGGAAGUCAUUUCCCAGUUGGAUGAUUUGUCAAGGUGUAUCAUCAUCAUGCCGACAUCGGGGAUGCAGUUCACUGCGCAGGCUCCCCUGUUCCCCGUGUUUUUGCUGGGGGUUUUAGCCACCUUGCCAGAGCACAAAGCUGUAUCGAGCACAUGGUUCAACGAAGUCCUACAAGCCCCAGUCAGAAGUAGUGUGCCUCCAUUGCAUGAUGCACUACAACACAUCUGCAGUUGGAUUGAUGAAGUGAUUCCUCUACCAUCGCCGUCAAUUCUAGACCCGCUGGAACCAAUCCAUCAUCGUCCACAGUGGUGGGAGACAUUAGUCACCACAAUUCACGAGCAAGAGCAAGAGGUGCUCUGUCUCACAUGA